GUGUACCGGCGGCGUGUCCGUGCCGGCGGUUCAGUUAUCAGUCGGCCACCGACCGUUGUGGACGUGCGUCAAUUGCCGUCAUCCGUUUCUCGUGAUCGUACGUGUCCGUGUGUCUCUGCCUGUGUAUAUGUAUGUGGGUGUAAACGUGAGAAACUCGGUUAGCGUUGGUUACGUUCAAAUGUUCGCGACGAUGUCGUGCUCCGCCCGGCCGGUCAUCGUCACCGCGUCCGCGGUCAGCUCUGGUGACCGUUAGUGACCGUCGGGACGUACCCUCGACAUGCCGUUCGUGCAACGGGCCGUCGCGCCCGUCCACCUGAGCCGCGUGAAGCUGCACAACGACCAAGGUGCACCGACGGUGCGCGACCGCGAGCUCGACGCGGUCACCAACUUCGCGUUGAGCAACGCACUCCGGCAGAUGGCCUCGGUGGCCGCGCUCGCCGACGAAGUGUUCCGCGAGCUCCGCAACCAGUUGACCGACGUGGCCACCCGGUCGGCCGGUCUCAAAUGCCGUGUCCAGGCGCUCGGCCACUUGGUCGACCACGCCGAUCCCAAAGCAGUCACAGUUCCUGAAAGUGACCUGACAGCGUUCAGUUUAAAAACUGAACAUUUUAAAAGCAAGCAAGUAGAGAGCAAGAAUUUACUAUCAGCAGAAAACCGACCUGUCUGGGUUAAAAGGCUUUACGAUCAAGCCGGUGUACCGAGUAAAGUUUACGCGAACAAACCUCAUGUUCAUAGAUUAUCGAGAAGAAAACGAUCACUCGAUGACAGUUGUUUGCCUUUGAACGACAUAGAACUUAGGAAGCCUGCAGCAAUUACCAAUCUCCGACCAUGGACAUCGGAAGAAGUUCUUGGAGAUAUUACCGUAGCUCCUGAUUGUUCGUCUAGGAUACCCAGGGAUCCCAGUCCAAUAGCAGAAGAUCAAAUUGACCACACGCUACCAUCUCCAGAAGAACAACAACAUGUUAUUGCUCUGAAUUUCCCACCACAAAUUGUCGAAGUCGAUAUAUCUGGUCGGAAUUUCAACCGUAUGAGCGCGCUCAGAAGAUCUCUGCAGAACGUUGAGUAUGAAACGUCUGUCAGACGACGAAAGAGCAGGAGACCGAGGGGCAAGAGACGAAACACGAUUGCUGGAACCGAUCAAAAAGAAAUAGAAGCAGUUAUUGGCUCUUUGUCAGAUAGUAAUAAAGAUUCUGAUGAUAUUGUGUCCAGCUGUGCGACCGUCGUGACCACCGAGAAAAAGUCUAACCUUGAUUUAUUAAAAGAUUGGGGGAAAAUGAGAUUGAAACAAUUAAAAAAUAUAGAAUCAUCAACGGCGGCAUCCGUCAGAUUAAGAGACAAAGGAAAAGUAGGGUUAGCUAGAAGAAAAUGGGAUAAGGAUGAACCGGUACAUUCUUCUUCUGGCAAUUGGUCAGCAAGUUCAGAGAGUGGGCAAUCUACAUCGACUAGUCACAUACCAAGGUCGAGCGUGAGCAGCUGCAGCGGGAGCACGAAACCUACGUACCAAGGCGGCUCGGUGACCAGUGACGAGUGCGAGACGGGAUCCACGUACUCAUGCGACACCGAGGGUUACUACACGUCGUUCCACGUGGACAGCGGCCUAAAAACCCUGCGCGAAGAGGAACCGUCGCCGUCGUCGCAACAGCUCCACCAGCACCAGGAUCACCAUCACCACCACCAACAGCAGCAACACCACCACAACCACCAGCAGCAGCCCAUGUCCGCGUUACACUCCACGUCGGCGCUGACGCCAUGUAGUUUCCAGUCGUCGUCGGCCGAGAGCGAGUACGACGUGUUCGGCCGCGGCAGCACGUCGACCACGGCCAGUUCGGCGGGCACCGUUUGCACGUCACUGAUGGUGUCGCCGCCCAGCGUGCCCGAGCGCGGCGGCAGCAAGCUAUCGUCCGACCAGUAUGACGCGUACGGCGGAUCGCUGCCCGACCGGAUCGUGCACCAUCACGCGGCGGCGGCGGGGGCCGGCCAGCCCAAGGACCCGAUGUACGACGACAGGUCGAAGACGGCGCCGUCCAGGCUGACAAAGGAGAACGUGAGCACCCGGUAUAAGGAUGACGGGCAGCUGAUGAUCGACGUGAAACCGCGGACCACCGCGGACCACGGUGGCUGCGGCGGCGACUCGCCCGACAGUGGUCACAACACGUGCAGCUCACCCGUGGACUCCAUCACCAACCCGUCCGUCGAUCUGGAAAUGUCCGAGUGUUCCGACUUGGAGGGCAUCGACCGCGUCGAGAGGCUCCGAGUGAAGACUACCAUCAACACCAGUCGCAUACCGUCCAUGUGCGUCAUCACGCCGCCGAUGAGCGACGACGAAGUGAGCCUGAAGGCCACGCUCAGGGCGUCCGAGGAGCACGAUGACUACGGCGAGUACGUUACGCUCGCGCACGUCGUGCCUGAGCUUGCGGCCGUGGCCGUACCCGUGGCCGCGGCUGAACCCAGAGGUUUCGUGCACCUCACCGAGCUGCCGACCGCCGGUACGCUUGAAAUGAGGAAACCGACUGGUGCGCGGGUCACUCUAAACGCCGAAGGCCGUGUCAUUUACACUUCGGACAGCCUGAAGCGCAGGAAGAAGAUACACACGACCAACACGUUCGAACCGGGGCCAUGCGUGAGCGCCAACGUGGUCCGGUUGCCGGUCGCCGACAAGAAUAACGUCAUGAAUCAGAUUAUACCCCGUUCGCCGUUGAACGUACGACCGGUGACCAAACAGAAGACGUUCUCCGGUCAGCAGCAGCAGCAGCAGCAGCAGCAGCAGCACCGCGUAGUAGCCACCGCGUCGCCCAAAAAACUGGUCGCUGAAAGAAAUCAGCAAGCGUUGACGUCGUGCCAGCUGAAGCCGUUGGUUCCCAUACCUUUGGUAUGCUCACCGGGCCAGAGGCGUUCCAAGACCGCUUUCCCGCUGACCAGCAACAACAACGUUAUCAACCGCCAGCAACAGCAGCAGCAGCAGCAGCGGCAGCCGUCGACCAGGCUAGUGGUGUUGCCGGACAACAGCCGGUCGUCGCCGAACGUGGGCAAACCCAUGUCACCGCUGAUAUCGCCCACCCGGCGAAGCCUGUCCCCCAAGGAGGUGGUAAGGGGCGCGUACGUGCGCAUGCAGGACCCCACUGAGUGCCUGCUGGAGACGAGUCUAGACGACGACGACGUCAAAUCGGCGGUGAAACGUAGCGAUAGCUACAGACAGGCGAACGCCGCCAGUCCCCGGCUGGCCAAGUCGCCGAACAUGCUGAUGGCUCUGCAAAAGGCCCGCAACGAAAACACUCAAGGGACGGGCCGCAGCCACGGUACGCCACACUCGCCCGCGACGCGCACGCCGGACACGAGCGGCGGCCGCCGGGACCACGACGUGUCGGCGUCCACGCCGGUGAAGGACAACGACCGGAGCGCAGGUCGGAUCGACAUGAGCAGCAGCAACAUAUCGCCGAUACGCGGCGACUGGCUCGCAAGUCCUCCGCGGGCCGUCUCGUACGGGCGCGUAACCACGGUGGACCGCGGCCACGUGCCGUCCGCGCGGCCGGCGUUCGGCCGCUCGGCCAUGGACCUGUACGCGGCCAUCCACGAGUCGAAGAAACGGUUGCUCGGCCAACAGCCGGCCGUUUGCGGCGCACAGGCGCGAACGCAAACGCCGCCGGUGAUCGUCGCGCCACAGCGGUCGCCCGUUCCGUCGUCGGUCGCGACGAACGCCGCGGUACAACGAACCGCGCCCGAACGCCAAUCGGACCGAACGUACAAGCCGCGCGACGUCCGGUCGGCCCGGUACGACUUCAAACGCCUCCUGUUGCAGACCAACAUGGCCGGCGGCCGGCGAGCGCAACAGUCGGCCGUGGCCCGGCUCCAACAACCGGCGCAGCCUCCAGUCAGGACCGUGCCGGUGAUGGCCGCGGGUAAGAGGACGUCGUCGUGGAAGUCGAACGUGCUCUCCUCGACAAUACAGGAAGAUUGUCGUGAAGACGAGGACUGCUAUCGAUGCGCCGCCGACGUGGGCGUUCCCAGGUCCGCCUCGCUCGUCAACCGCACGCUCAAAGGUCUCAACGUCGGCACCGCGGCCGCCACCGGUUCCGCACUGGAAACCGCCCUUUGACCGGCAGCCGCAAUCCUGCCCGUGGCCACCGAGUGCGCGGCCCUUGUAUGACACGUGAUCGAGAAUGUUCUCGUCUGACUUAACGCGCUCGGAGAAUCCUUUUUCCCUUUAUCCCGUAGUCUUGCCUUGUACCCCGAAAUGAUGACAACAAUAUUGCAUUACGCGGACACUAUUAAUAUUUAUUUAUUUUUCGAAUCGUUUAAUGUCGCUCGCACCAGCUCCGUACCGUCGAUGUUAUCGUAUUAUCAUUGUAAUAUUGUACUCAUCUAGUCUUUUACGUGUA